AUGUUUAACGCUCUCAAUCGCUAUCUAUCGCGCCUCGACGGCGACCCACGACAACAACAGAAGGAGAGCCAGGGCUAUGGAUUUCAAGUGCUACGGAAUACGAAUCUAGAAUUGGGCAUAGAACCAUGGUUUGACUUCAUAGUUGGGAUCAACGGACGCAUGAUUGAUAAUCCAGACCCGCGACUCUUCGCCCAAGAAGUACGCAACUGCGCCGGCGGCACCGUUGCCCUUGGAUUAUGGAGCGCAAAGGGCCAACGCAUCAGAGCAUUGCACAUCCCCGUGCCCCAAACGGGUUCCUUAGGCCUCUCCCUACAGUGGGCUUCACUGUCCCUUGCCUCGACAAUAUGGCAUGUCCUCGACGUGCCCGCCAACUCGCCGGCUGAUGUAGCGGGUCUCUUACCCUACAGUGACUAUAUCCUCGGGACGCCAGAUGGAAUUCUGUACGGGGAAAGCGGGUUAGGCGACAUUGUGGACCAUUUUAUCGGUCGGCCGCUGCGUCUAUGGGUCUACAACAACGAAUACAACGUGACGAGGGAACUAGAGAUCGUGCCGUCGCGGGAAUGGGGUGGCGAGGGCGCCCUGGGCUGCGUGUUGGGGUUCGGCGCAUUACACCGUCUUCCCGCACCGCUCGAUGAGCCUGUCUCCGCACCUGGCGAGACUAUGUUUGACGGCAUGGAUGGAAACUAUGGUGCUGGGGAACAGUUCACGACAUUGGCCCCGCCACCAAAUGAACCCUCAGGUUACCUGCCCUCAUCUGAUAACACAUUCAUACCUGCGGGAGGAGACGCGGGUGCAGAGGCGCAAGGAGCUGGAUUCCUUGUACCCGCACAGAUGGUCAGCCCGCCACCGCCUGCGGGAGGUACUAGUGCACCGCCACGGGGUAAGAAGAAAGACAGGCGUGCGCACGGUCAUAGUCCAGGUAAACUGGACGACUAUUUCGCGGAAGAAGAGAAGAAGAGCAAAGCGCUCGAUGGUAAUAUUUCAGCGAGCAAGACGCCUCCACCUCCCCCGCCAAAAGCAAGCGGCGGGCCACCGAAGAGCUCGGGGCCGCCGCCUACGAAGGCAGAAGAAGCACCAGAGAACAAUGCCCCUGAGGGUGAGGAAUAG